AGCACCUUUUUAGUGAUGAACCUUGCUCUAAUCUCAGUGUUGAACUAAGUAACAUGUUGAACAAUCGGGGCGUGCGAAUGUCUGUGGAAACGGAGACGGUGGAGGCUGUUUCUCAAGUACAAAUCCAACCAUCCUUUACGAAGAAAACUUCAACGGAAACAAUUCGGUCUAAGAAGCAUUUCAAGAGGCCAAAGGUCAAUUUGCUGACAGAUCGGUCUAAAUCUGCUGUUUUUGCUGCUAAAGUUGCUUCAGCUGUGGAGGAAUGUGCAGACGAUGAAGAGACGGAGAGUUUUGUGUACGACAACAAUGUCAUGCCCAAUAUCGAAGCAGCAAAGCUUUCACCCACAAACUCCACAUCAUCAGCUGCGUCGUCUUUGCGUUUUGCAAUGAAUCGACCACAACACAGCACAUAUGGCGCAACUGAUGUGACAGGAAAUCGAAGCCUUGCAAAUGGUUAUCGAGCCUUCAUGUUUUCCUCUAUACCACUGAACACGGACCUCACAAAUGUCCGUACGAACUGGGCUGCGACUGUUCCGGCGGCCAGUCAUGCAGCCAACUCAAACAUGUUUAGUCCAUACACUCACAAUGCUUACCACCGACCUGCAUAUGCUUUUGGUCAUGUGCGACGUACUUCUCGAACGAUUCCCAUGAUGCUGCGACACUCUUUCAAGUGGCGGAUUGCGUUGGUUCUGGUUGUUUUCGUUUUCUUUGGUCUUCUCAUCUUUCUCCUCUUUCACUGGCUCCCUCCUUUGUUGUGGAAAUUGCGAUCCAUUGGAAGUGGUCGUAGACCUCAUAUGUAUGCAAGGGACGCAUAACCAAAGUUUUUUUUAGGAGAGGCAAUUCAGCCCAAAGGAAUUGCAUUCUCUGAAUAUUUAAUGCUACGCACUUCUGGUUAUUCGCUUGGGCGGAGCCUUUUUAUCUCACACACGCACACACACAUACACGCAUCAACAUACUCAAACACUUUCUCUCUUUAUUUGUUUUCAGUUUCCUUAUUACCCCUUUACUUUUUUGAUUCUUACACACUGAAGUCUUUAUUUCCUUUCAUACACACUUUUCCGCAUAAUAAUACUAACACUGCCGCAUACAAACAUUUUUGCUAAACGUGUUUUAUGUAAAAACUGAGGAACCCUGCUGGUACACAUCUACUGACUGUUCCAUUCGUUCAAACACACAUACACAAAUUUCCAAGGUUAUGGAUGACGAAGGGGAGCACUAUACUUCAAUUACUACGAGUAGGGCAUUAUUCCUCGUUUAUUUAAUGAAUAAGAAAGCACACAUAAAGUUAACGCAAUAGAUUUCAUAUGACGGAGAACGGAA